AUGGAAAACAUUGACAUUGUUCUUUCUUUCUUUCUUUCUUUCUUUCUUUCUUUCUUUUUUUUUUUCUUUCUUUCUUUCUUUCUUUCUUUCUCUCUCUCUCUCUUUCUCUCUCUCUCUGGCCUUUUUUUUAUUUCUCUUUUGUUCUCACCAUUUCCCUUUGCAUUCCCUUUCUCUCCUUCUCUCCCUACUUCACUCUCUCCUCCUUUCACCGUCUCCAUUUUCUAUCUCCCUUAUCUCUAUGUAUCUUUCUCUUUUCCCUCUUCCUCUCUCUUUCCCUUCUAUGCCCAUUCUUUCCUCUCCUCCUCCACUCCUUCCCUCUCCCCUUUCGCCCAUUUUCCCCCUCUUUCUUUCUCUCUUGUUGUCUCCUCUUCUUUUCAUCUGCCUCUAUCUCUAUUUCUUUUCUCUUCCUUUCUCUCCAUAUCUCUCUCCUCCUCUUUCUCACUUCUCCCUCCCUUCCGUCCUCCUCUCUACCUUUCCUUCUCCUUCUAUCCCGCUCUCACUUCUCUUCCCUCCUCCUCAUCUUUCCCCCCUCUCUUUCUGUCUCUGUACCAAUAUAUGCGUGAAAUUAAAACAAGUUUUAAAACCUAA